CACCUUUAUGUUGAUUGCCACGUAUUGUUUAUGAAUUUUACGAAUAACUUACAUUGAUUGCUUGACCUAUAAUCACACAAAUGAAAAAGAUUGUCUUGCUGAUGGUCACAGUGCUACUGUCAGUGAAACCAUUAUUGGCCGGCCCAAUAGUGGCCUGUUCGUCGUCCAAGUACCGACUCGAUGUAUUUACGAGGACUCAGUAUAGAGGCUUGGCUCAACAUAUGCGAGCAGAUGAUAUAAUAGGUACACCUCGAUGUUGGAACUUGGCGUCGAAAAACGUUGGGUCGCUCCAAAAUAACGAUCGGUCCGUUCGACUAAAGUUUUACCGGGUAAGUGUCCUGGGGUCGGAUCGGCGGUUGUAUAUUACAGAAAGCUGAGUGUAGUUGCAGUUACCUGAUUGUCGUGGUGCCUCAUUCUCCACUUUACAAGGAAACCAUCGACGGAAUAAAAUAUUGCUCAAAGCAAGAUCCGUUUAUGCCAGCAAAAGAGAGUUCUG